GUGCCCCCGCCUCGGGGCGGUGCCGCCGCCGCCGCGGGGCCCGAUGGCGGUGCGGGGCUGGCGGCCGGCGGCGGCGGCGAUCGCUGCGGCGCGGCCCGGCGGGGGCGGCCCGGGGGCAGCUCCGGGAGCGGCUCCUGCCUCGGGACCGGCCCCGGAGGCGGGAGCGGGAGCGGCCGCCCCCGCCACGGCCGCGCUCUACGUGCACUGGCCCUACUGCCGCAAGCGCUGCUCCUACUGCAACUUCAACAAGUACGUGGUGCCGGCGGUGGACGAGGCGGCCGUACGCGCCUGCCUGGUGCGGGAGGCACGCACCCUGCUCCGCCUCAGCCAGGUGCAGAGCGUCACCUCCGUCUUCUUCGGCGGGGGCACCCCCAGCCUGGCCAGCCCCGGCACCAUUGCAGCGGUGCUGGAGGCCGUGGCGGGGGUCGCCCACCUCCCUGCUGGCACCGAGGUCACGCUAGAGGCCAACCCCAGCUCCGCCAGCACACCGCGCCUCGCCGGCUUCAGGGCGGCCGGCGUCAACCGCCUCUCGGUGGGCGUCCAGUCUCUGGAUGACGCCGAGCUGCGGCUGCUGGGCCGGGAGCACACGGCGGCGGAGGCGCGGGGGGCCGUGGAGGUGGCGCGGGGGCUCUUCCCUGGCCGAACCUCCAUCGACCUCAUCUUCGGGCUGCCGGGGCAGAGCCGGGGCGCCUGGGCCCGGGGGCUGGAGGCGGCACUGGGGCUUUGCGACGACCACGUCUCCCUGUACCAGCUGACGCUGGAGCGGGGCACGGCCCUGGCGGCACAGGUCUGGGGAGGGGCCCUGCCCACACCCCCCCAGGACCUCCUGGCUGACAUGUAUCAGACCGCCCGCACCAUGCUGGUGGCCGCCGGCUUCCGGCACUACGAGGUCUCCAAUUUUGCAAGGAAGGGUGCCCUCAGCACUCACAACCUCUCGUACUGGCGGGCUGAGCAGUACAUCGGCGUGGGGCCAGGGGCCCACGGGCGGUUUGUGCCACGGGGAGAGGGCGGCCACAGCCGGGAGGCCCGUGUCCAGACGCUGGAGCCAGACAACUGGAUGCGGGAGGUGCAGAGCCAGGGGCAUGGAACCAGGAGGCGGGUGGUGCUGAGCCCACUGGAGCACUCUCCGUGUGCCCACAGGCUGGAGGAGCUGCUUGCCCUGGGACUGCGCACGGACGAGGGCGUCACACGCAAGCGCUGGGGGUGUUUCUCCCCCCAGCUCAGCCUGGAGGCUGUGUUCGGGGCGCCAGGGGAGGCGAAGGCGCUGCAGGAGCAGGGUUGGCUCAUCCUGGACAGCGGUGGCUUGCGGUGCACCAUGAAAGGCCUGGCCCUGCUGGACUCCCUCCUGCCUGACCUACUCUGCCAGCUGCAGCGGUGCUGGGCCCCACCAGCCAUGCCCGAGGAGGGGAGCUGUGCCCGGCUCCAGCACCCCGAGGAGGAGCCCAUCGGGGGGAGCGGGGCUGGUGGCGAGGCUGUGGGGCGCAGCGGGCUCGCGGGGGCUGUAAGCCGCAACAUACAAUCACAGAAUCGUUAAAGUUGAAAAA